CGCAACCAUGAGGUCGGCUGCUUACUCUAAAAUAGCUAAACACAAGAUAAGCGCCAUACGUCCAAGGAUUAAAGCUCGCAGUUAUUGAAAUAAAUCUAUAUUUUUUAAAGUUAGUAGAAUGGAAAAGCCGCACCUUGUCACGUGUACUGCCCCAGUGAAUAUAGCUGUUGUUAAGUACUGGGGAAAGAGGAACGAAGAAUUGAUUCUACCAAUCAACUCAUCUUUGAGCGUCACGUUGCAUCAAGACCAGUUAAAAACAACGACAACAGUUGCAACCAACAAAUCAUUUAAGGAGGAUCGGAUAUGGCUCAAUGGCAAAGAGGAGGACGUCACCCAUCCAAGACUUCAGUCAUGUCUCAGAGAAAUCCGACGACUGGCACGAAAGCGGCAUAACGACGGAGACGCCACUUCCACCGACUUGACUGGUCUUUCUCAAAAAGUCCACAUUUGCUCUAUUAACAAUUUCCCCACCGCUGCUGGACUCGCCUCGUCUGCUGCAGGCUUUGCAUGUCUAGUUUACAGUCUCGCUCAGGCAUUUGGUGUCGAAGGAGAGCUGUCUGGUAUCGCUCGCCAAGGUUCCGGCAGUGCCUGUCGAAGCAUGUAUGGAGGGUUUGUUCAGUGGAUCAUGGGAAACCAGGAGGAUGGAAAGGAUAGUUUAGCCCAGCAGGUGGAGCCAGAGAGUCACUGGCCUGAACUCAGAAUCCUUGUACUUGUGGCCAGUGCUGAGAGGAAACCAAUCGGCAGCACUUCUGGGAUGCAAACUAGCGUACAAACAAGUGGCUUAUUAAAGCACCGUGCAGAGUCGGUUGUUCCUCACCGGAUGGAGGAGAUGAUCAAAGCAGUGCGAGGAAAAGACUUUGCUGCGUUUGCUGAAUUGACCAUGAAGGACAGCAACCAGUUUCACGCCACCUGCUUGGACACAUACCCUCCAAUCUUCUACCUGAACAGAGUCUCCCAACAGGUCAUCCACCUGGUGCAUCGAUACAACAGACAUUAUGGGGAGACACGGGUGGCCUACAGUUUUGAUGCCGGGCCAAACGCUGUUAUUUUCACUUUACAACAGCACGUUCCAGAGUUCGUCCACUUGGUCCAGCAUUUCUUCCCUCCAGAAACCAAUGGAGAAAACUUCAUCAAAGGGCUUCCAGUCAAGCAUGCUGCCGCCUCUGAGCAGCUGAAGCAGAGUGUUGGUUUAGAACCCAUGCCAAAGGGAAUCAACUAUGUUAUUAGCACUAAGGCUGGUCCAGGCCCGCGGGUUGUGAAGGACCCCUCUCUGCACCUGCUGACACCUGAUGGCUUUCCUAAGCCAUGAAGAGCACUAGAUCUAAUUAAGCAGACAUAAACUUUAGUUGAUCAGAAGGUUGUUUUAUGUAUUUUAUCCCCUGACAGAUUCAUACAGUUUAAUAUGGAGGCCCUAAAGGGACAUGGAGGUUAAUCAACGUGCUAAACCAAACGACCACCGUGGCCGGGCUUUACGGGAUGCAGAGUAAUAGACCAACGACGAGACACAGCGGCUCAUUAAAACAACUUUUAACAUGACAUACAUUGAUUCUCAUACUGUUUCUCUGGCAAUCUAAGUCUGAAACACUUAUCAGUGUUCUAUCAUAGUCGUUGCCCCCUCAGUAACUGCUUUGCAGCAGGCCUCCACUGAGAGUAAAGAGAUCUUGGUUUUCAGAAAAGUUUUGUAGACGGCAAUCUGAAUACAGAUCAAACGCAAGGUUCAGGACUUAAUCCAGAUCAACUGAGUUUUCUAAUAUGAAUACCCCCUAAUGGUGAUUUGCGCACUGGAGACCUUUUCAGAGUCAAUUACCUGAAAAUGACAUUACUUGAGCUUAUUUAGUUUUAUUCUACCUUUGGACUCGCCUACAAAGAGAUUGUAGUUUUGCUUGUCUGACAUUAUGUUGGAUAUCACCUCAAACAAGAUCUAAAGUCAUGCGGUUUGUUUUGGCGCAGGGGAUACACCAGCUUUGAUCAUCUGGUACGCAUCGCAUGAGUUUUUUUUUUUUCUUUUUUCUCAGGAGCGCAAAAAACCAGCACUGAUUUCAUUUUGGAAGUUACUAUUUGCACUUAAUCAACAUGAAUUUCUGUCAAAUUUUCUCGUUUGUCGUACAUUAAUAUGUUUGAAUAACAUCUGCCUUUCUUCGAUGUCCCUCUAGGAACUCUGUUUUUAAUUCCACCCUGUAAAUGUAUAGUGUGUCUUCUUAGUCACUUUAAUACCUGAGUUUUUUCUGUUCUAAAUAAAUUUUAAAGCAGC